CAGGAAGGAAACGACAUCAGUCAGGUUCUUGGAGCGGUGGCAAGACGAACAGGAAUACCGUGCCCGGUGACGAAUGGCCAUGUGUCAAAGCUACACGCUUCUUCUAUAGAGUACCUUAACAUGCAACUCCUGAAUCCUGUGCAUAUAAAGGAGCUAGUUCAUAGAUUCACACUUUUUAUGGAAAAAAUAUUUUUUCCACCAAAAUCAUCCGAGAACCUCGUCAGGGAGACGUCAACAGCUUCACUUAAAGGAGGCGCCGAGGUUCCAGGCAGUGCUGGUGGAUCGAUGUUUCCACUUCCUGACAACUGCACGGAUUCAUUCAGGAAAUAUCAUCUGAUCGAAGCCAGCCAUUCACUGAGGAGUAAAGCUGAUGAGAUUAUAGAAGACUCCCAGGAACUUGAGAUGCUACUCAAAGAAUUCAUAGACAUGGUCACUGACAUACAAUCACAGAUCCUCAGGAACCAUCAGAUUCCUUCAGAAACCGAUCAAGAUGAAAGCAGCUGUGAUGAAGAGGAGGAGCACUGGGCGAGAAUGGGGCUGCUCAACAUUCAGUCCUUGAAUAACAAAGUGAGCAAAGUCAGACGGUUCAUCGUGCAGAACAAGCUCGAUGUGUUUCUCCCAACAGAGACCUGGUUAGAUCCGUCCAGUGCAGACAUCGUCCUGUCACGAGCUUUACCUGGGAGCUUUAGCUUCUGUCAUCAGUCCAGGGGUGGUAGAGGACAAGGUGUGGCGAUUCAGUACUCAAAUAAAUUCCAGGGGAGGAAAAUUAACAUUGAAUCCAUGGAAACAUUUCAAUGUGUUGCCUUGGAUCUGUGGCACGAUAAGUGGGAUGCACCGAUCCUGCUGGUCAAUGUGUAUCGCCCGCCAAAACAAAAGCGGGUACGCUUUGACAAGUUCCUGAUGGAGUUUGAAAAACUCUUGAAUGAGAUUUUGAAUUAUAAAAAUGUACUCAUGACCGGUGAUUUCAAUAUUCAUGUUGAUAAAGUUUACAAUAAGUGGUGGCCUUGGGAGUGGCUACGCUGGGUGAUCUAUAAAAGGAGAUCCCCCAAGAAGGAUUUCUGUUUGUUUUUGUUGAAACAUGGUCUUGAUCAAGACCAUGUUUGUGAGCCGACCCACAAGGACGGCCACAUUUUGGAUCUGGUCAUCACCAGGAAUGUCCAAGUUUCCUCCUUCUCUGUCCAAAACGAUAGGAUAUCCGAUCACUACACUGUGUAUUUCAGUGCAAGGCCAGAUGGGAAAAAGAAAACAUGCAAAAAGAAUAAAGUACAGGAACCAGACGACCUUUAAGAAGUUUGAUAUAGCUUGGUCCACCUGUUACUGAAAAGAUAGCCAAUGGUAAUAAAAAAAAAAAAAAACUAAUAUAAGUAGUAAGAUGUUUUCAAAACAGAGUUUAGAAGCACUCCCAAGAAACAUGAAAAACAAUUUCUGAAAACAUUAAAAACAACAAAUCAGUCCAACUGGCCAACAAAUUGAUGGCAAAAGCAUCAUAUGAAUAUGAAACCAAGGUUUGGAUUGUGUUAUCUUUACAAACUGAACACCUGACAAAUAUGGAAAUAAUGUUGGCACACGUUAAGCUUUUCUAAGAAAUGUCGAGUUUUAGUUUUAAUGACUCAAAUUUCAUUUGGUGGCCAAAAUAAGACAAGUUUAUUGGUAUUUGUACUACAUGGAAAACAAACCAAGCUGUGACUCUGCUGCAGCAAAGUCUGCAGAGAGAGAGAGCGCAGUACAGUCUGUUGGCCACUGGGGGCAGCACUCACUAGACAGGUAUAUGACCCGACUUUACUUUCUGAUUUAUUAAUUAAAAUCAAUCAAUUUUUAGCCAACCAAUCAAUAGGAAAUUGCAUGUUGACUCAUGAAAAUUACACGUAAUGUAGAAUUACAUAAAGCAGAGGAGAGAAAUGCAACAAAUACAGAGCAGACAGGCUUGCCAUUUUUGCA